GUAGCUAUUACUAAAGCAUCUUGUUUAAGCUUUAGUUUCACUUUUACCGAACAAAUAUAUAAAGAAUUAGAAGAGACUUUGAGAAUUGAACAUAAUCGUUUAUUAAAGGGCUUUCAAAGUUUCAAUACAGAUCCAUUGCUUCAACCUAUAUUAUCUGAUUGGUAUAUGACUCAAAAUAUUCAAAAGGAAGAUACAAUUAUUAUUAGUACAAAUAUUUCAUCACAUGAUGAUAAAAUAAUAAAUAUCAAAGCACGAAAACGUUUAUCUGGAGAUGAAAUCUAUAAACUUGCUUUACCUGUACAACUUGAUGGAAAUCUUCAAUUUACCCAUGAUACCAUAAGCGCAUAUGAUAUUUAUAUGCAAAAAAAGGUAGCUUUAAUACACAGACGCGUGGAAUUUUACAAACAAAUAAGUUAUACCCUUAUAGACAAUGAUGGCAAAUUUAACAUGGAUUUAGAUAUACAUGCUGGUGAUAUAGUACAGAUGCAAGAAGAGAAUGACAUUUCUUACGCUAUAAUAAAGGCAUUAUUCACACAUAAGUAUAAUGAUGGCUUAGUAUAUGCAUUUAUUUGGGUUGAUUGGUUGCGGAAGAGCUUAAUACUUGAUCCAAUUCUUCAAUGUCCAGUUUAUGAAGUACAAAUGGCUAAUAACACACAGUGGUAUCAGGUCUAUCUAAUAACUCUUAUAGACAAUCUUCCAAAAAAUCAUUUUGUACGUCGUUGUCACUCUACGUGUAUAGCUUCUUCACAUGAUUUAUCAAAUAAUCAAUAUUUUAAAAAUGAAUUUUAUUACACAACAAUUUAA